CGUCUCCGGUCUGAGAUCAUUUACUCUGAAGCGGUGGUUGGACUUUUUUGCCGUUCGUCUGAACAGAAUUGCGGAAGUUGCUGCUGCAACAGUCUUGACUCGGUAAAAGAAGACGAUAAAGUGACGAGACGGGCGAAACAACAGGCUGGUAUCUCCAAAGCUGAAGCGUGUGUUUGGCUGAAGUCAUGGCCACCGAAGAGGUUUAUACCGCAACAACAACAGCAGCCCCUCAGAACAAAUCCAGAUGGUUCACAGUGCCUUCUGAAAACCUGAGCACAGUCAGGUGCUGCAUCAAAGUCGUUGAAGUGCUCCUGUCGUUCGUGGCCUUCGUGCUGGAGGAAGUGGUGGAUAACUGUAUGUCCUGCGCGCCGCUGUAUUUUUUUGAGUUCGUCAGCUGCACAGCCUUCCUCUUCACCCUCCUCCUCCUCAUCCUCCUCAUCACACAGCUGCACAAGAAAGUGGGCAUUACCUGCUGGCAGCACCUGGAUUUUGGAUACACGCUCCUGAUCCUGGUCUUCUUCUUCAUCGCCUCCAUCGCCUACAUGGCCGAUAACAGUGGGAAGCAGGUGGAAAAGUCCGCUGUGGUGUUUGGGUUCCUCGCGUCAGUCGCCUUCCUUGCAGACGUGGUUGAGUUUAUAAGGACGAAGGGCGUUCCAUGUCUCAGCAAGAAGCCAGGACCAGAGAACCAAGCAGUGCCGGUGUCUGAAGUCGAGAAGCUGAACGCUAAUGGAAACGACUCGGGCUAAUCGGUGACGUAAAUGGAGAAAAAUCCGGCCGCUUCACUCUUAAUCCACUCUGUAGACUGACGCACUGUUCCUCAGUGUCUUAAUCAUGUUUUAUUCUGUAAAUGAAGACGUUUUCUGACCCAGAGCAGCGCAGAUCAUGACAUUGACACCUGCUGCUUUUACCUGCUCGCUCACAUGAAAUUGGAUGAAUUACCUUUUUAACGACCUUUCCUUUGUUUAUUAUUAUGCUUGAAUGCAGGGGAUCUGAGGUUUGUGACCUUUUUUACUUGUGAAAAACUAAUUUUAUUUGAUCAUGAUGUUUAAGUGCCUUUAUACACAAAAAGAAAGAAAACCUGGAUUUCACUGUAAGGAACGUGAAGAAUCAUGUUCCUGACAGCAUCAGCAGAUGCAGAUAUUUGAUCUGCUGUAUUGGAGCACAUUCUUAGACAGCACUCAUGUAAUGAGUAAAGAUAAUACUGUACAGUUUUUCACCACCAGUACCAAUUACCCAAUUAUAAAUAUCUGCCAAGUGAACCACCAGCAGCUUCUGGUUUUAGCUAAAUUGGCUAAUUGACCAUUUUGGCAGACUUUUAUAGCAUUUUUUAAAAAUCCAAAGUGCGAUUUUAAAGCGAAAAUCAGCACACAUUGGGCCAAAAACUGAAACCCAAAACGGCGAUAAAUAAAAACGGUUUACUUAUUAAAAUUAUAAUAUGCAGCUACAGAUUGUGCCGUAAUUCCAGUGUCUAUAACGGAGAACGAUCGGUUAUCCAGGACAAUCAAUUCCAUUAUUGUUUAGUUAUUCUUUGCACUUUCUCUGUGGUUUGUGGAUGUUUCCAUCAUUUUAAACACUGAGCAUUUGUAUUACAUGUUUAGUGUGAGGUCUUGAUUCUUCAUUGUAGGUUCAGUUUAAUCUUUAAAGGUUUUUUCAGGCAAAUUUUCAGCAAUUUUUCUUUUUUUUUUUUUUUUUGACCAAUUUUAACUGAAAUAUUUCCGUGGCUGAAAUUUCGAUCCAUCACUAUUUUCCAUUAAGCCACAGCCACAAUGUAAAUAACAUUAUUUCCUUUUUAAUGAGCCAAAUUGCCAUUUUAAAAUAAAUAAAACGAGCUGCUCAUGUGAACAGCUAGUGGCGGCGGGCUGUUCAGCAUGACUCAUGUUCAGCUAUGCUACGAUAUUUCGGUUCUGGUGCAGCAGCAGCAUCAUUCACAUUUCCCGCAAAUGAUCUUACCUGCCUAACAUUACAGUACGUCACAAAAUCUCUGCACAGUUUGGCCAAAAUGAAAAAACCAAACCUGCUGAUUGACGAUCUUGGCUGAUUCUGAUCACGCAAGCCUGAAUAAAAGAUAAAGUUGGCAUGUUCUUGUUGGACAACAGCAGAGCUUUGGAGAAAUAUCAGGUUUCCAGAAAUGAAAUUGUGUCAGCAAUGCAUUUUGAGCCUUUAACAGUUUUAAAAAACCUGCUUACAUGUCAGGCUGUGCGUGUACAUUUUAAUCCAACUUGACUUUAGUGCUAGUUUAGCGUGUCGCUCAUAUAGACCUGAUGGCUUUACCAGAUCGGUGUGUGUCUUGUUGUGAGGGCCAAUGUUUCAGACAGUGUGGUUCAUCUUAAGCGUCCUGAUGUGUAAAGUGCAGUUAGCUUUCAUUGGGCUGUUGAGUGUGUGUGUGUGUGUGUGUAUAUUUAUAGAAUUGCUAAACGUUCACCAUUGUUACUUUUUCAUUCCUAAUUUCAAACCUUUAAAUAUAAAUUCCAUUCCAUUUCAUUUCCAUGUGAGAAAAUGUUCCACUGUUUAAAAAAAACAACAAAAAAAAAAACUAACAGCCUGAAAAUUGUUCACAUCAAAUAAACACCAUGGAUUGCUUCAGG